AUGGCGUCCCGGAGACUCGCUCUGAACCUCGCGCAAGGCCUUCGAGGCCGCGCCAGAGGUCUUUCUGUGCCAUUCAGGCGAGGUCUCGCAACUCCUCACACGAAUUCGCCCGCCAUCAAGACCGAGACGACAACACUCAAGAAUGGCUUGACUGUUGCGACACAAUACUCUCCCUACGCCCAGACCUCGACUGUCGGCAUGUGGAUUGAUGCCGGGUCGCGCGCAGAGACCGACGAGACCAACGGCACCGCCCACUUCCUCGAACAUCUCGCCUUCAAGGGCACCGCAAACCGGACACAGCAGCAAUUGGAGCUCGAGAUUGAGAACAUGGGCGCUCACCUCAACGCCUACACCUCGCGCGAGAACACCGUGUACUUUGCCAAGGCGCUUAACGAAGAUGUGCCUAGGUGUGUUGACAUCUUGCAAGACAUUCUCCAGAAUUCAAAGCUCGAGGAGUCGGCCAUCGAACGGGAACGCGACGUCAUCCUGCGCGAAGCCGAGGAGGUUGAGAAGCAGCUUGAGGAGGUUGUUUUCGAUCACCUGCACGCCAUAGCCUACCAGAACCAGCCUCUUGGCCGAACCAUCCUCGGUCCCCGCGAGAACAUCCGCGACAUUACCCGGACCGAGCUCGUGAACUACAUCAAGAACAAUUACACGGCUGACCGGAUGGUCCUCGUCGGCGCCGGCGGCGUUCCCCACCAGCAGCUGGUCGAGAUGGCCGACAAGUAUUUUGCGAACCUUCCGUCCAAGGCCCCCGAGACGAGCGCCUACCUUCUUUCCAAGAAGAAGCCCGACUUCAUCGGCUCCGACGUCAGGAUCCGCGACGACACCAUCCCGACCGCCAACAUUGCCAUUGCCGUUGAGGGCGUUAGCUGGAACGACGACGACUACUUCACCGCCCUGGUGACCCAGGCCAUUGUCGGCAACUACGACAAGGCCCUCGGCAACGCCCCGCAUCAGGGUAGCAAGCUCAGCGGCAUCGUCCACAAGAACGACCUUGCCACCAGCUACAUGAGCUUCUCCACGAGCUAUAGCGAUACUGGUCUCUGGGGUAUUUAUAUGGUUACUGACAAGCUCUCCACCAUCGACGACCUGGUACACUUCACCCUGCGCGAGUGGUCCCGCCUGGCUGGGAGCGUUACCCCGGCAGAGGUUGAGCGCGCCAAGGCCCAGCUCAAGGCAUCCAUCCUCCUGUCCCUGGACGGCACCACGGCUGUCGCCGAGGACAUUGGCCGGCAGAUCGUCACGACGGGCCGUCGGAUGAGCCCCGGCGAGAUUGAGCGCAUCAUUGACGGCAUCACCGAGAAGGACGUUAUGGAGUUCGCCAACAGGAAAAUCUGGGACCAGGACGUUGCCAUUAGCGCUGUCGGCAGCAUCGAAGGCCUCUUUGACUAUGCGAGAAUCAGGGCCGAUAUGAGCAGGAACUUUUAG